UCUUAUAACUUUGAGUUUUAUUUCUCAGGCAUACGUAAUAGUGCAAUUGUAAUAGUAAGAAAAUGGGUAAUCCAGUAUGGAAACACAGUCCCCCUUGCAAAGCCCAUUUAUUAUUAGUCGAAAUAUUCGAGAAUGGAAAGCUCAAUGCAAAAACUACUCCCGAGGAAGCUUUUUUCCUUUCAUGCGGAGUUUUCAAAAUUUUCAUUGGUCGUCUUUUCCAACAAUUUUCGCCAGUUAAAGCUACUGAAUGGACUUGAGUUAAUUGACACAAAGAAAAAAUUGACAUUAGACGAUGCUGCGGGUUGCUCUUCUUCCAACUCGUCUGCUGGCAACUCUACUAAACGGUCUUGCUUUGAGGAAGACGAAGACGGGGUUGAAGAUGAUUUAGAAGACAGGGAUUCGAGGAUUACUUUCCAUAACUAUCCUCUGCUCAUCGAUAUAUACCAAGAUUCGGAAACCAUGGCAGAAAAAGUGUGUGUGUGUGUUUCAUUGCCUAGUGGCGUGGUUGAACCUAUUCAAUUAUCGCUUUUAGGCAGUGGCCCGGCUUCAACUACGGCCUCCUUUUGCUACACGUGCCCAAAACUUCUUUACACUGUCGAUGGCCUCUUCUCUUCUGAAAUGAAAGUCGAAACUGGAAAGCAAUCAACAAGUUCAAUGAUCGUGGGCUUAAAAUGCGAAUUUAAAAUAAAUCACAAUCACAGCAACGUUCAAAGUAUUCCAAUGGGAACUAAGAACAUAACACUCCCGAUUGCAGUCCAACCUUUUCUAAUUUUUGGACCAAACAUAAAAAUGUUUGUUAGUAAGUGAAAAAAGGCCAACUCGAAAAGGCCCUUAUUCUUUUUUGGAAUUUUGCUUUGACUUUUGUAUGGCGCCAACCCAAAAAAAUUAUUAAAUAAAAUAAAUAAAAAUAAUAAGAGAUUUUGAUUUUCUAAGA